AUGUCUAAUACUGCCACAGACAGAGCAAAAGAGAAGCCGAGCGUUACUCGUUCACUUAUCGCAGGAGCAAGUGCGGGGGCGAUCGAAAUUGCGAUUACCUAUCCGGCGGAUUUUGCGAAAACGAGAACGCAGUUAAAUCGUCGACUAGCCACUGCGGAGAAGCUUCCAUGGCCCAAAUUUGGAAAGGAAUGGUAUGCGGGGUGCACUACGGCCAUAAUUGGCAACUCUAUUAAGGCGGGCAUUCGUUUUCUUGCAUUCGACGCUUUCGUUAGUCUCUUCGCGGACGAGAACGGAAAGAUUAGUGGACCAAGAACUGUCCUUGCAGGGCUUGGAGCUGGUACUACGGAGUCGUUGAUCGCCGUCACACCGUUCGAAAGUAUCAAGACUCAAUUAAUCGACGAUCGUAAAUCCGGGAAACCACGAAUGCGGGGAUUUAUUCACGGCUCUAGAGUUAUUUGGAGGGAGAAGGGGUAUCGUGGUUUCCUUCAAGGUCUGGUGCCUACCACUGCCCGUCAAGCCGCAAAUUCUGCCGUGAGAUUCGGAUCGUAUACUACUAUUAAGCAGUUUGCGCAAAGCUACGUCGCCCCGGGUGAAAAGCUUGGCCCAUUAUCUACCUUUGGAAUUGGGGCAACGGCUGGCUUAAUUACAGUCUAUUGUACCCAACCUCUGGAUAGCAUAAAGACUAGGAUGCAAUCAAUCUCUGCCCGUACAGAGUAUAAGAAUAGUUUUCAUUGCGCGUACAGAAUCUUUACGGAAGAGGGAAUACUUGCCUUCUGGGCUGGUGCCUUGCCCAGGCUAAGUAGAUUAAUGAUUAGCGGAGGUCUUGUUUUUACGAUGUACGAGAAGACGAUGGAGGCGUUCGAUAAACUCGAUCCCGAGCGGAAAUACAUCUAAAACACUUUGUUCUUA